GAAUAAAGGAUUUCCCUGUCAGGGAAGUCUUACUCUCUGCCUUCUUGUGGCGUGAGUGUUGUUUACGAAAUUGAGAGGACGAAAAGCGGAUGUCCGGCGCUUUAACCGGGUUGGUGGACAUGGAGAGUCCACUUAGGGGAGUUGGAAAACCAUGAUUCCAAACCAACGGUGCACAUGGGCUCCAGUAUCUUGAAGGAACAAAUGACGUAUGAAUUGAUCGUUAGUCACCGACAACCAUGGGACUGCAUUUCCUGGCGUUGCUCCACUGCCUUUUGGAUCAGACCUUUAGGUCGAAGGCUCCGGGUUUGACUCCCUAAGAAGAUCACCUGUUUCGGUUUGGGCACCCGGGCAGUAUCACAUAUCAAAUUAGAUCUGUGUGGCGCAUAUGUAUUUGAUGCCUCCUUGUACCAAUAUCUACGUGUUAAGAUAAAUAAAAAAAGAACGAGUAAAGGAUUUUUCUAGUAUAUAAAGUUAUUAUUUCCAUCGAUAUUUAUAUUAUCUUGCCUAGUAUUCAGUGUGAAAAUCACUAAAGUCCUUAUUUAAACUACAAAUGUUAUUGGUUAAGUUAGAUUAAUCAAAAAUGAAAUUCACUGUGACCAAACCACAUGUUAAGUUUCCAACCAGAGUAACCCUAACACAGCAAAUGAAGAACAAGGUAAUAUCAGUGACUUCGUGAAGGCUCACGUGAUUGCUUUAAAGCUGGUUACGUAAAUCACACUUAAAGAGCUUACAUUAUCAAUGACUUAUUCUUGUAUGGUUUGAAAACUAAGAAAUCUAAAACUCUACUCCUAAACAUUUUAUUUGUAGUAAAUAUCGCAUUGUGUUAGAUCAUUUGCUUUCUGAGUUAUUUUAUUUGUGGAUUUAUCUUCUAUUCAAAUCUAAUUUGAUUAGGUCAUUUACUUUUUUUAAACAUUUUUCUCAGGUAUCACUGGAGUGGAUACUUUCGCUUGUUACACAAUGUCCUAGUUUGUAGUAGAUUGGACUGUUACUAAAUUCUGAUUAUUGCUCUCUGUAAUAAUUAUCUCUUAACUUUUCAUGAUCAUCCUUGUUGCUUUUAUACAUAUCACUACUGUAUUUUCCAACGUCUUCUUGGAAAAACACAAGGUUUUCUAUUCUGAAUGUCAAUCUUUGGGUAAAGCUGAUAUUGAGAUUAAAGAAAAAUGUAUAACUCCAAUUCUGGUUUUUAUAUACUUUGUUAUUUUUUCCUCUUCUCAAGAACAAGCUGAUCUGAUUAUAUAGUUUAGAAAUCUCAGUUACUUUUUACCUACUCUACCGUUGCCUCACCUAUAUAUUUGUUGUAUUCUACGUGAUUUUCAGCGUUCUACUGCUAAUCCAAGAUCACGUAGUCGUGGUUUAUCAGAUAACCUAGAACCGAGCAAUCCCAAUGUUCCAGUUUCUCUUCCUCGUCGAAGUCGUCGACGCACUUUCGUCCGUUCUCCAUUUCUUCAGCUUUUGUUCUCCUCUCAUGGAAGUCCUUCAUAUCAGAAUGAGUCGACCACUGAAAGUGUUAGAAUAAACCUGGAGAGUUUUAACGAUGAUAGUAUCCAAUUAACUCGCACUGAAGACCUUGAUUCCAGUAACAGACCUGGACGUUUACGUACCACCAGGUCUGGAAGAAGAGCCACACGUCGCCUGUCAGCAACAAACACGCGUUCCGCACCUUCUACGAACAUUCCAUCUACCAACCAUCCACCACGUACAAACAAUAGUAGGCGCUCUCAAAGUCUUAUUGAUUGCCCAGACGUUCGGGCGGCACUGGCAGCAGCUAGAUCCACUGGUCUUGAAAGUGACGACGAUUGUGUAAUCUGUUUAUGUGAGAAAUCAAAUCGUUGUGUUGUUUUACCUUGUAUGCAUACGUUUUGUUAUGAUUGUAUUUAUCGUUGGCUCUGUAUCAAUCCUUCUUGUCCAUUGUGUAAACGUUUGGCUCAAAAAAUUAUUCAUUCUGUUCUGUCUGAUACAGAAUUCACUGAAAUAUUAGUAUCUGAUUUACCAAAUAAUAACCGACGUAAUCGAGUGAAUAAUUUAUCCACUACAUUUCGAUUAGAUGAUGAAUACUUAAAUGCAUCACCAGAUGACACCACUAUUCCGCGAUCACACCAUCAUUAUCACUAUCAUCAUCAUUUAGGUACACAUCAGGUGCGUUUACUCAAUUAUCUCGAUGGAGUGACUCGUUCACCAUCAGAUAGUACUUCGUUAUACAUACCUCCCAUUCUUUUUCCAUCUGAUACCUCAAUAUCUCAAUCAAGAGCGGUUGGCAUUCUUGAUACUUCUUCACAUAUGUCAUACAGAUGGAAUCCAGAACUAGGAUCAGCAGAAAAUCGUCGGUCACUUCUAACCAUUUUGGUUGAUAAUGCUCUUCGAUCUAGCACUUCCUCGCUUUUGGAUAUUUUACUACUUCGACAGCUAGUAUACAUUUUCUGUCUUGAUUCCAUUCCUGUCCUACAAGAGUCUGAUCUCACACGAAAUAUCAGUCCAGAAUUUCUAGCAGCAAACGAAACUCAUAGACACAGGCUCGCAUCAUUUGUCCGUCGUGAAUUACGUGUUAUCGCCCCUUGGCUUGCUUAUGACAUUUCUUAUAGUUCGCAGGGAAGUCGCGAAAAUUCGGAGGAUAUCGGGUAUUAUAAUGCCGCUGUAACAUCUCCUCUUAUAUCUGGUCCUCCGGGCUUGGAGGUAGAAACAAGGGAACUCGACAAUUUAACCAAUAUAGUCUUGCAACACAUAUGUACAGUCUCAAUAACAAACGAACAGUCACUUGUUGAUCUUUUGGUAAGUCAACCAGCUCUUCACCCAUCACUAGUACCCCAUGCGUACCUUCAUCAUCUAGCCUCGGAGAUUUUGCAGUUUGCUCAGUUCACCGGAAGCAUGGAAGAAUACGACUCCUCGGUCUGUCUAUAUCGGCGCAGAGUUGCUUUGGGUGGAAUGAUAUCGUCAUCAACCGAAAGACACAGGGAUAGACAGUUCCAAGGACUUUUUCCUGAGCCUCGUUUGGCUGUUUAUAUUGCUUCCGCCUGUUGGCCUCGACUCCGUCCUGGCUUCGCUCAACCUGAAGGACUUAUCAUCCAUCCUCUAAUCAAUUGGCUACUCCAAAGACUGUUCGUUCAUGCUGUCUCUGGCGCUUCUCAUCCUGAUCCCUUACCUGGUACAGGAGGUCCUCCACCUAGCCUACCUAGUCCAUUAGUUUUUCAUGGUCCUUCACUAACUUGUCAUCCUAAUUGUCUUCGUUUAGGAAGUUCUUGUCAUGCUCUUCUUGAAGCCAUCAUAUCUUUCUCCAGAUUAAGAGGUCAAACGUCAGGGCGGACUAUUAAUUUGAGUCAUGAUGGGUCAGUAAGUAGCUCAGAAAUUUUCCCAAACCGUCUUUUAUAUCAACGUGUUUUAAGUGAACUGAUAGAUCAAGCACGGUUCAGUGAAGCUCUUAGUGGUCAAUUCAGUCAAUAUAAUGAUCGUACCCGAAUGACGUGCCUUACACCACAAAAUUCAGAAGAAAUUUCUGUUAGUUCUGUUCCAAAUCAACGAACUAGUAGUAGAAUAUCUAUCCGAAAUGUUAUUAGCGUCAGAGAGUCUGCUAGUUACUUACAACCAGCUAUCCAGUCGCACCCACUUGCCCUAAGACGUCUGGAUGGUCUUCUACUUCUUUUCACUGCACGCGUUCCUGGUUUAAGAAAUGAUCCAGAACACCUGAUCAGUGAACUAUUACAUAUGCCACUUAUGCCUAUGACUCUAACUCCUUUAGCCGUUAUUGAUCUCACCAGCCCAAGGUCAGUAGUUAAUAGAUCACAAACAUUUUCCAUGCAAUCAGAAGGCCGAGGACAGUCGUUAGAAAACUUGGACACGAUAAGAGCACCAUAUGCAUCAAGGUUCUCAGGAAUUGAUUGGACAUUUCUAAGACAGCCUCCACACUCUUUGUGUCCUCAAACUGAUCGUUCUGUUAAUUCAGCUACUACUACUAAUGGAUUUACUAACGAUGCUAAUUCUGGUGACUGGAGCUCGGCUGCAUCGAAUCAGCAAACAACGUCUAAUGACAUUUGUCCUUUUAGAGGUAGUCGAAUAUUCCCCUUGAUAUCUUCAGUGGGAUCAAUUACAUCAGCUGAUGAGUCUACACCAGUGCACAAUUCACCUGGUGGUUGGCGUGACACGGCUCCAUAUGUUGUCAUAUCAUCGGACUCCUCAGAUGAAGAAACAAUAGGUCAUAAUGAACCGUGUGUAGCUCCCGCUCAAUUCAAUGUAUUAACCUCUGACGAAUCGGAACCAGGUCAUGAAUCUUCCCCAGAUAGUCGAACAAACAGAUGUGAAUCUACUGCAUCUCUUGGUUCGUUAUUUAAGACGUUUUCAAAUAUGCCUUUACAAAGUGAUUUUUCAACUGUAAACGAAUCUGUUCAACACUCAAUCCAAGAAACAGACAAGAAUAAAGCUUUUCAUUUAAACACUACACAAAUUGACAACGUGCAUAAUGUCAAUACUGAAUUGUCUCUUAGUUCAUCAGUGUUGUCUUCCACCAACACAAAUUCCAACUGGAGUGAUAGUUUCACUGAACGGCAUUCAACCAUAUCCCGUCGUGAAGAGCCUAUGGAAAUAGACGAACGACCUGAUGAGAUUUCGUAUUCGACAAUCCCAUCAUCUAGUGCUUGUGGUUCAUGUUUGACUGAUUUACCUAAAAAGUCCACAAAUCUUGCAUGUGAAAAUAAGUUUACUGUAGAAUCCGAUUGUUCAAAAAACACUGGAGCUGAUACUGCGGGAAACAGAUUUAAUAUUUUUUCCCCUAGGAAUUCUCUGAAAUACUAUUACCACUCUCAAACAAAGCAUGAAUCACACUAUCGUCAUCGCAGGAGAAAGUUAAAUAUCAGUCAUUUAGAAAACACAGAUAGUGAUUGCGAACUUAUUAGAGAAUCGAUCAAAAUAGAUAGUGAUUCGUCGUGUUCAACUUCUAGAUCAGUUUUCUCAUCAAGGUCGUCAUCCUCUUCAAGUGAAUGGCAGAAAACUUCAAAAUUCAGUUCAGUAGCAAUGCACUUGUUUAAUUCUUCACAUCAACGCAAAACUACCCAUCAUAAAAACUAUCACUAUCACCGUAGUCAUUGCGACCGUUACCAUCGUAAGUGUCGUCACAGGCAUUCGUGCUGCUGUUAUUGUCACUCAAGACGUCAUAAUAAGAUAUUCAUUCGUAAAUAUCAUCCGAGUCCUGAGAAACUAGUCAACUUAAAUAACCCAUCGUCCCCGGUCAUUAUUUCGGACGGCGAUGAUGCUGAUGAAUCUCAUAAAACUACUCCUGAAAAAACAAAUAAUUCUACUCAUCCCAGUCAGCAUCCAGAUUUGCAGACUGAGGAAACUACGCAAGUUGAUGUUUUAAAUGAUCGUCCUGCCAAUGAAGAAAAUUCACUUUCACUUCCAACCACUCCAAACCAUAACAGUAUAUCUUUCCCUCCACAAAGCGACUCUUUUUCUCCUGAUCGAUCUGACACUGCUCCAUGUAGCUCAAAAACAAAUAUUUCAUCUGUUAACGAUUUGAAUCAUUCAACAAACUUCCCUAUUUAUGAACCUCCUACAGCCACAGAGUUUUAUCGCUUACUCGCUAAAUUUGAUGAUCAAGGUGAUGACGGCAAGAAUCUUGACCCAAGUGUAUGUGAAUCAACUUCGACAGCAUUAUUAUUGUCUAAUAAAUGGAGUCAAACAGAUAUAGUGAAGCUAUAACUUUCCAAUAUUUCUGGACCGCUAAUUCAUAUAAAAGUGCAGACAUGGAUAGUGUGUUGUAAGAAUUAACGAAAGUGUUGGAUGAGUAACUUGUUCAAAACUGAACUUGUAGUUUACGAGUUCCAUAAAGGAAAACGUUUUAAUGUAUAGUAUUUAUUAUUUGCCUCCACUGAUUUCUCUGUAUUUUCACACAAUAACUAAACAAACAGUACUCCGCUGUUUCUCUUUCCCAAUAACGUUUUGAGAAAAACGAACGCGAUUUUCUGUAUCGACUCAAGGUUUUCAUUCUGUUAAUUGUUUUAAAACAUCUAAUACCCACUUCCGUGAUAAUUAUCAUGUUUGCAAACCUAAUUUAAAUUCAUAUAUGUAAGAUAUGUCGAUUAUCUUAAUGAUUUAUCUUAUUUAUGAAUUGCUCCAAAUUGAUCUAGCAUAGGUAAUC